UCGGACGGCGGCCGGCCGAGGCCGAUCGCGGGGACGCCGCCGCCGUUGCCGCGCGACGGAGCGCUGCCCGGGUCGGAGCGGAGCAUGGGGCGGCCGCGGUGCCUGUGCGAGAUCUGCACCUGCGGGCGCCAUCGCUGCCCUCAUAGGCCCACAAGGAUUUAUGAUAACGGACAACGGCUGUGCCUCACAACAGAAUAUGUGGAAAAAUACCCCAAGUAUAGCAACAUCUCUCCUGCCCGGAGCCUGAAGCCAAAAGAAGAGUACCAAGCACAUCGUGGGAAAAUGGAAGGAAUUACAACAUUUAAAUCUGAUUAUUUACCAUAUGAUAUUGUGAAACGACCGUUUCGGGUACAAGAAGAAUAUAAACCAAAGACUGGAGAGCUAGAACUUGGAACCACAUACAAGAAAGAUUAUUAUGCUCAUGAAAUACAACCGGUGACAUUAAUAAGACCUUUAGAGAGAAAACACACUACAGGAGGAAAAUUGGAUACCAUACCGACCUAUCAAGAUGACUAUAGGUCAUGGGAAGUUCAAAGAAGGGAACCUGUUAAAGUGGAUCAUGUCUACCACCCACCUACAGAGAAAUUUGGAAAUCCUACUACUUUUCAAGAUGACUUUGUUCCUAGAGAACUGAAUCCUAGACAAAGUUUCAAACCUCUCUGUGUCCCCAAACUUUCAGAUGUGCCUUUUGAUAGCACUACGAGUCAUCGCAUUUCCUAUGUUGCUCAUCAUCUGGAACCGAAGUUUGUAAAAUCAAAAGAAGAGUACAAGCCAAGCAGCCAACCCUUUGAAGAUCUCACAACUCACCGGAAUGAUUUUAAAGGGCUACCUGGGCCACUUGCAAGAAGCUGCAAGCCUGAAAAUGCAAAAGUCCAAUCUAGUGAUCAUUUUAGUGGGGUUACUGAAUUCCAGGAUCGUUUUCAGCCCUGGCUGGUCUCCUUGCCUGAGGCACGCAAAUCAAGAGAGUACAUUCCUCCCCUGGGUAACAUGGACUUUAACUCCACUAGCCGCCUUCAUUAUGUUAAACAUGAGAUUUCUCCUGCUGUCCCUAUAAGGCCAAUUUCUAAUGCAAGAAGAACCAGCGCCCCUUUCCAAGGGAAUACUACUAUGAAGGAAGACUUUAAAGCUUGGGCCAGCUCCCGGCAAGAAAUUAUUAAGAAACAACAGGAAAUUCCAAAACCCACAGGAAAAUUCUAUGAUUUAACUACAUUCAAAUCUCAUUACAUACCACAUCACAUCGUUCCAGCCCAAAGUUUCAAACCUGUGCAUGUCGUUCUUCCUAAUUCGGCUCAUUUUCAGGAUGAAACUAUGUAUCGCACAGAAUAUACUCCAAAGAAACAGGAGAUCUGCCCAGCAAAUUACACAUCUCCUCCAGGUUAUAUCUAUGUAAACACAGAUUCUCAUGGUCAUAAGUUCUUCCGCCAGCUCACUCCAGAAUUUUCUGAGUUAAAUAGCAAUCAUGUUCCAAAGGAAGUAGCUGUUGUGUCAUAAUACUUAAUCGCAAGCAUCCUGGUGAAAUACCUGGAACACUACCAGUUGUUUUUUGUUUUUUUUUUUCUUCUAAUUACAUCAAAGCAACCUAUAUAAUGCAAAUUUUGAUUUAAAAAGCAUUUAGACUGAUAGCUGAAGGAAAAUCAAGUCAAACCAAAAGAAUAUCAAAAUACUUCUGGAGAUUUGCCUGUUUUUGUAGGAGUAAUCUUACAUGGAAUCAAGUCUUUCUUGAUUGUGCAUUCCAGGUUCCUUGACUUCCCAGAUCUCAUUCCAUUCCCUCUCAAACCUACUUUCCCAUUUUUUCAUGAUUUUUUGCAGGUCAAAUCAUUGCAGUUGCAUUUUUUAAAUAGUAGUUUGCUUUUCAGAAUAAUCAAAUAAAAUGUUGAAUAAUAACAUGCAUAUCCCAGUUCUUCAUCUCAUCAAUACUUAGAGUGAUAAGAUCUUUAUUUUUCUUUAUAGUUUGUUGGCCAAGUUAUGUUGGGCAUUUCUAGGUAUUCCUUUAAAAUGGGUUUAGUUUUAUCAUGAUUUCUUCUCCUGCAUCCAAUUCUGAAUCUAAAGGUCCCACAGUAAUUUCUGAGAGUGAUUAACAAGAACUAACCUUGCUCUUUCUGUACAUAUACUUGAAAUCACUGACUCAAAGCAGGCCAUCAGACUCCUCCUGAUUUUCCAGAUACACUUUGACACACCGUCUCCUUCUCACAUCAGUCAUUUUUUAAGCUGUUGUGCAAACUGAAUUUCUCAACAAGAUUUCACAGAUGAUUGUUAUUCAACUUAAAAAUGCAAACAGUGAGAAAGAAAAGCAAACAAGUCUCAAAAAGUUAAUGCCCAUCCACAGCAAUUUUGGAUUCUGCUGAUAUCUAAAGCUGAACAGCCUUUUAUCAUUGCCAAAGUUCAUUGCAGAGGCAGUCUGAAGAGAAAAAGGGCAGAAAAAAAGUGUAUGUGGAGUUAAAAAAUAGUGCAAACCCAGUUAAAAAAAGAAGCGUGCAUUGAGAUGCACAACUGUGAGCCUGGUUUCACACAGUUUACUCUUAAAAAGUGACUUGCAACAAAUACAAAUAAAAACAACUUUAAAAUCAGACGUGAAUUUAUUAUGCUUCUAUAUGAAACAUUUAACUUGAUCCCCAUGUAUCUUUACCUGUUUUUAGUUAAUCCAACAAUCAGUGUCCGUAUAGGAAAAAUCAUUUGGCUUUCUGAAUAUCUAGAUGCUAAUAUAUUCUAAAGCACAUCAGCCAUCAGUGGGCGAAGACUGAUGAUGAGAAGAUAUUGAAAGCAGGAACUGGAUCUUACGUACGGAGGAAACCUGAACUGAGUGUGUUAAAGCAUCGGUUAUUGUUAGGUAAUUUGCAGUGUGUGUUUGCAAUAUGAUUUACUCUGUUUAUGAAAUGACAAUUCAAUUAAACUUUUCUUGAAGACUAUUCAUUUCCCCAGCUGGCAAAGACAUACUUUGGAUGGGGGAUGAGUAACGAGCAGCGAAACAGGGAUGCCUGAGAAGAAGGACAGAACAAUGAUCAGUUUGUUUUCAUUCUUCUGUACCACAGAAGAAAACAACCUAUAGAUACUCCUCUUCAUGAAACUUCACUCAUUCUCUGUAUAUCCACAGCUAAAGUCAAAACAUUCCAUAGUUACACCUAUCCGACAGCUUAUCUUAUACAUAAUUAAUAACACAUAUAUACCUUAUACAUACCUCACGUGACAUUUACUGAAACCCCUACCAUCCUCCCAGUCCUCUUUUCUAGGAAAGAAAAAAGAAUCCCUGAGAAACGCAUCCUGAACCCACAUGUUACGCAUGCCUGCAUGUUCUACUGGCAGUGGCUCUUCCUCAGGGUCUGUAAGCAAGCCCCAGGUGCAUUGUGUAACUUUCACAGCUGGUUUUGCAGAACCCAAGUAAUUUAUUCUUUUUCUCCUUAAUUUGUGGGAAGUCAUUUGCUGCCACCUACCAGCAUGUCACAGAGAAAUUUUGAGAGCAAAUGGAGCGCACACUUAGGUACAUUUAAGAGCUCCUGUACAGACGUGUAUGAUAACUUCUUUUGGUUGAAGGGGAUAUAUUCUAGUUUUACCCUUGAAUUUUUCCCCCCUAAAUUUCAAAGUAUGAGAAAGUAUGCUUAUUACAUU